AUGCUCCUUCGAAUCGUUGUCCUGGCCACCAUCCCCAUGGUUCUCGCCUACGUGCUCGAAACCGGCAAGGAGUUCGACGCGUCGCGCUACUCCUCCAAAGGCGAGAAAGGCGAACGAGGUUACCUCGGCCACCACAGCGCCGAAAAGGGCGCGCAAGGCCACCACGACAAAGCCAACCAUCGCAAAGAGUACGCCGAAAAAGCGGGCCAACGUCGAGGCUACGAUCACGCAGACGGGUACUACGCGGACCACCAGCAGGGCGACAAAGGGAGCAAGGGGUUCCACUACGAGGACCACGGGAAGUACGCGAAAGGGCACAGUACGAAGGGACGCCACAACGUCCACAAGUUGAACGAGUUCAAGAAGGACACGGAUUUCUACGACGAGGAUAACGACCAAGGGUUUGAGGAGAGGCACGGGGGGUACGAGGCGACGAAGAAAGUGGCGCACGGGGACUUCUACAAGGGUGGGUACGACAAGAAAGGAUCCGACGCUGCGAAAUACGGAGUAGCGGGUUUUGUUGAUAAAGGGUCGCACUAUUUUGACGAUCAAGGGUACAAAAAGGGCCAGGGACAGGACGCGUACUAUGGCAACUAUGCGAAGUUUGCAAAGAAAGGCGGCAAGGACGAGUUUGACAAGUUCGGGUUCACUAGCUUCAAGAAAGAGUGACUUUGUUGUUGUUGUUGACUUAUUAUCAGUCCACAACACGUGGAGGAGCAGGUACAUAAAGCAAGAAAUCAACUAAUUAAAAGCCAC